CCCGUGGCAGAUUUGUGUACAAGAACGGUCCAGCCAUGGUGAAACUUCAGCUGCCAAAUCCUGGUCUGGAUUUGAGAAUACCUUCUCACAAGGAACUAGAAACGAUAGAGACCACAGAAGCAGAUUCAAGACCCAAAUGGGACAAUAAAGCACAAUACAUGCUCACCUGUAUCGGGUUUUGUGUAGGUUUGGGCAAUGUAUGGCGCUUCCCCUAUCUCUGCCAGAGCCACGGAGGAGGAGCCUUCAUGAUCCCUUUCCUCAUCUUGCUUGUCCUGGAAGGCAUCCCUUUGCUCCACCUUGAAUUUGCCAUUGGACAGAGACUCAGAAAAGGUAGCGUGGGAGUCUGGAGUUCUAUCCAUCCAACCCUGAAGGGAGUAGGAAUAGCAGCAAUGUUAGUCUCCUUUCUUGUGGGACUAUACUAUAAUACGAUUAUUGCCUGGGUGAUGUGGUAUUUCUUCAACUCCUUUCAAGAGCCACUGCCCUGGAGCGAAUGUCCACUUAAUGACAACAGAACAGAUUUCAUCGAGGAAUGUGCAAAGAGCUCCCCAGUGGAUUAUUUUUGGUACAGGGAGACCUUAAACAUUACCAGUUCUAUUGAUGAUCCUGGAAAUGUACAAUGGUGGCUUUUGCUCUGCUUGAUUUGUGCCUGGGCAGUGCUGUACGUGUGCACAAUCAGAGGGAUUGAAACAACAGGAAAGGCAGUAUAUGUGACUUCAACCCUUCCAUAUGUUGUCCUGACCAUUUUCCUGAUCCGUGGCUUGACUCUGAAAGGAGCUACCAAUGGUAUUGUCUUUCUGUUUACACCAAAUGUGACCGAAUUGGCUAACCCCGUCACCUGGCUAGAUGCUGGAGCCCAAGUGUUCUAUUCUUUUUCUCUUGCCUUUGGUGGGCUCAUCUCAUUCUCUAGUUAUAAUUCAGUUCACAAUAAUUGUGAAAGGGAUGCUGUGAUCAUUUCUAUGAUAAAUGGCUUCACAUCCAUUUAUGCAGCUACAGUCAUAUAUUCAAUCAUUGGAUUCAGAGCAACAGAAAGAUAUGAUGAUUGCUAUAGCAGAAAUAUCCUCACUUUGAUGAAUGCGUUUGAUUUGCCCGAUGGUAACAUAACCGAGAACAAUUUUCUGGAGAUGCAAGCUUGGUGUAACACAACAAAUCCAGAAAUCUUUUCAACCCUGAAGUUUGAAACCUGUGACUUGGAUGCAUUUCUAAGUGAUGGAGUAGAAGGAACUGGUUUAGCAUUUAUUGUCUUCACUGAAGCCAUCACCAAAAUGCCCAUUUCUCCACUUUGGUCAAUCCUCUUCUUUAUCAUGCUGUUCUGCUUGGGUUUAUCAUCUAUGUUUGGGAAUAUGGAAGGUGUGCUGGUACCCCUGCAAGAUCUCAGAGUUAUACCUAAAAAAUGGCCUAAAGAAGUUAUUACAGCCCUGAUUUGUUUGGGAUCUUUCUUGAUUGCCAUUAUUUUUGUGCUGAGAUCUGGUAACUAUUGGUUGGCUCUUUUUGAUAGCUUUGCUGGAUCCAUUCCCUUGUUGAUAAUAGCAUUUUGUGAGAUGUUUUCAGUUGUCUACAUAUAUGGGAUAGACAGAUUUAAUGAUGACAUUAAGUUCAUGAUUGGGCACAAACCCAAUAUUUUUUGGCAAGCCACCUGGAGGGUUAUCAGCCCCAUCAUCAUGUUAAUUAUCUUCUUUUUUUACUUUGUGGUGAAAGUGAGUGAAAAUUUAGAAUACAUCACCUGGGACCCCAGUUAUGAGAACUUCCCAAAAUCAAAGUCAGUGAAUUAUCCUGACUGGAUUUAUGCCAUCAUUGUAAUCCUCGCAGGAGUCCCUAGCUUGGUUAUCCCUGGCUAUGCCUUAUACAAAGCUAUCCGAAAUCACUUCAAGGGAGAAGAUCCUGUACAGCGAGAUUUGGUCAAUGCCAUAUCAGAAAUAUCAAUAAAUGGGGAGCUGAAGAAUACAGCAUAGCUGUCUCCGAAGAUUCGGUGUGCAAAGACUUUCAGUGAGAGGUGGUAAAACGGAGAUGUCUCCCUGUCUCGAUCCGAGUUGUUUCAGAGCCUAAAUGGGAACUGAUAUAUUCUCAUUCUAACAGCGUUUGCUGCAUUAGAAAAUGGGUAAUACAGAUGUCAAGGAUGUCGUGUUUCCUCUCCCUCUGAGCCCCACCUUGUAGCACAGAUACAAGUUUUAUGUUCAAAUAAUAUAUUAUUAAAGAAAU